GCACACCUUGGCGCACCAUUUGUCGAACGCAAACUUUCAGUUCGAUUUCACAUGCUCAUGUAAACGGACACGAAUACAGAAUCGAAACUCGGACCGAGGAUUCUUUCUAGAGCCAUUGUACAAGGAGUGAUAAUUUUGUGUUGCUUACUCAAUAUUUAUACAAAAUAAAUUUGUCAUGGUCCUUAAGUGUAACAUUAAUUUUAAAACCAUUUUGAUCGAAGUAUUUGGGACUGCAACAGGACGAAAAUAUGUUCAAUAAAUCCAUUAAAGUGCACCUCUGGGGGAAAAAUCAGAAACAUUACAAUCGUAUUUGAUAUACAAUUUGUUGGAAUGUGUAAAAGUGAUGGCGCAUAAUUGCAAAUAAAAACAUGCAACGAAUGAUAAUUUCAAGAAAAUGUGUAACAAGUUUUCAAUCAUAAAGUGCGUUCUUGUGUGUUAAGAAUAGAGUGCUCCGAAAUAGUUACGUUUUGUCAGUAUAUAUCUGCAUGAAACAACAAAGAUUUGGAGUGAAAUUCACUAGCAUUAACAUACACACAGAGAACUUAAUUGAUAAAUGCAUUUAUCUCGAGGAUGCAGCUUCCCGGCGCAACGUUGCUUCGUCAAAACACUCGUCGUUAACGACUGGUUCUGUGAGUGAUGGUUACUCAUGUCGACUUCAACAGCCUCGUCGUGUCGUAAUUAACCUGUUUGUUAGUUUGUUGGCUUUCUAUCGUAAAAGAAGAAGAACAAGAAGAAGAAGAAGAAGAAGAUAUUAAUAAACAGAAAGUUCGACGACAGUACCAAAGAGAAUGAGUGAUAAAAAAAACAGAUGAAAGAUCAAGAAAACACACAACUUGUUUUUAGAAUAACCACAAUAAUAUAUCAGCGCAUCGAUAUUGAAAAAUCAUCAGCGAUUGCAUAAAAAUAAGAGCUCAGACUUGUUGUCAACGUUUCGUCGACCUCAACAAAUCAGUUGACCAAGUGAUAAUACGUGCUCUGUUCAUUUGUUUUGAUUAACAGCGUAUAUAAGUGUGUGUGUGCGUCUUUUAAUUUACACCUAAAAUAGAAAUAAAUCCACCAAAAUCUACCAUAUAUGAUUAUAAUAAGCCAUUUCAACGUAAAAUUUAACAAUGGACGCAGAUGUAUUGAGUGCAUUGAAAACACAAGCUGCUUAUUUGGCGGGCAAUCGCGAUCGUCCGAUUAUAAUUGUAAAGGCACCAGCUGGCGAGUUGAAAUCAACAUGGAAGAAACAACCGUUAGACCUGUGUCUUCAAUAUUUAAUUAACAGUUUGAGCAAAGAAACCGUAGACAAUGGACUCAAUAUCCUCAUUGAUAUUCAGUUGUGCUCGUGGCGAUAUGCUCGCUAUACGAUCCAAUAUGUAAAUGAAGUGCUGAACAAUAAAAGCGCUAAAUUGUAUGCCGUUCGGUCUGAAGUCUUCAAGUAUCAAAAUUGUACAAAAACUCACCAAUAUAUGGAUGUAUCAAUUGUGACUAAAUUGAGAUUAUUCAAAUAUUUCAAAAGCGAUGAACUUCCAGAAGAGCUCGGUGGAUUGUUUACGUUAAACCAUGAGCAUUGGCUAAAAAGUCGAAUACGCAUUGAAGAUUUUCGAAAAUCCUUCAAUAAAGCAAUGGUUGAUUUAGACACCUUCAUCGAGUCGCUGCAAGACUUGAAAUCGAUGCGACCUACAGAGAUCAAUGAAGUGGUGAAACGAAGAUCUGGCACCAACAUUGAAAUGCAAAACGUCGUUAAAAUGAUUAUAAAAAAUGGUAAUAAAUUGCUGCUCGAAUUGAAUGAUUCACUGAACAAAAAUUACUGCAAAACACGGGAUAUUAUCGAUGCGAGAGAGGCAAUCAAACGCAUGCUCAACCAGAUGGAGCAAAAGCAAAUGGAUUUCAUGGCAAUUUGGUGUGAAUUCGAAACAUUUUUAUCAAAUUUGAAAGUGGCAACAACGCUUAUCGACAGCAUUGGAACGGUUACUAAAUGGAUUUUGGGCAAAGGCGAAGAGCUGAUUUCCGAGCAACAUAAAAUCGGCACUGAUUUGGAAACGUCCGAGGCUUUGCGUGAUGCUCACGAUGCACUCGAACUGAAAUGUUGUGAUACAUAUGGAUAUUAUGCUAAAGUUAACUAUAAAAUCAAUUGUUUUAUCAAUGACAAAGAUCCAAUCACAGCCAAUUCAAUAAUAUACAAAGAUUUAUUGGCUCAAAAGCAGUUUAUGCAGUUUUUGUGUCGAAGUUUUGCGAACCGUUUAGAAAAGCGUCGUAUUAUUUUGAUCACAUGCGUUCGAUUUUAUCGAUUUGUCACGCUUUAUUUCGAUAGAUCGAGCCAAGUGUUUGAUCAACACAUUGUGGGGAACAAAAUAAUGGAAUUCGAAAUGUGCGCGAAAAAACUGAGAUCACUGCGCGAAUCGAAAAAGGAGCUGGAACAUAUUGUCGGGGAAUUAGAAAAGGAGGCGGAAAAGCUGAGUGAUUUACUUUCCAUUCCAACGAAAGAUGUCUAUGGACGAGACACUGGACUAGAUUACACGGAUGAAAUCACCAUGAUACGGGACAUUCUUACCGAAACAAUGAAUCGACGCCGCAUUUUUUUCGAGAGCGUUGAAUUACAAACCCUGACAUUCGAGCAAAUUAUGGCAAUUUACUCGUACGAACGAGACGCCUCGAUGGCAAAUAAAUGGAUUGACGACUUAUUGUCGAUCACUAUAAAAACCCAUUCCUAUGUCGGCUGCAACAUAUUUGAAAUUCAAAGACAAAAACAAAGCCUUCAGAAGAUUCAAGAGACUGCUAAGAGAAUUUUUGAAUACGGAAAUCAACUUUUGGAGGCCUCGUCGGCCUUACGUGUGUCUUGCAAGCUAGAUGACUCUGACAGCCGUGCAAAAAUAAAAACUCUCCUCGAUACAUGGAAGAGUUUAGAUAAUAUAAGUCAGGAGCAAAUGACACGACUAAGGGUGUCCGCUGUAUUUCAUCGUACAAUGGAUGAACAAUAUCAACAACUGAAGGAAUUAAAAGAAACGAUCGAGGCAGAGUCAGAGUCGGAAAAUAAGGAAGAGCAAUUGUUGCGAUUACGUUUGCACAUGCUCAAUCGAGAGCAAUUGAUCGUUGAGAUUGGUAGAAUGGUUCGGCUCGGAAAACUAUUACGAUCACGUUUGAAGGAGCCAUUUGGAAUGGAAUCAAUGACCUGCACAAUAAACAAUGGGAAAACCGAUGAAGAAAGUGAUACAACACUUCCAAUCCCAAAAAAUAUCGAAAGUAACAUAAUUGCAGCGAAUGCAAUCACUGGUAAAUUGAAUGAGGUGUCUAAAAUCGCCGAGUCACUGGAUGUUGCGUUAAGAGAAACUCAAACCAUCCUAGAACUUGACAGUGCUCAAAUUGACUCUCUUGAACGAAAAAAUGAUGGAAAUACCAGCAUUGACAGCCGUGGUAGUAUUGAUGAAUUGAAUUCGUUUGCAAAGUCAUCGACAGAGGACGAAUCAUUUGUUACAGCAUCCGAAUGCACAUUAACACCUCAUUCGCAUUCGUCGUCUUAUGAAACAGCAUCAGGUGGUUCGAUGUCGCCAUGGUGGGCAAGCAGUGGAACUGACAAAAACUCCUUUGAAACAUGCAGCAGUUCUGACAUGGACUCAGAAGUACCAUCGAUGCAAUUACUUUCGGGAGUUCUUUCAUCGGCAAUCAAUUCAUUUUAUGAUUCAGAUAACAGCUUUCAGUCCAUUUAUAAUUCCAGCGAAGAUGUUGACGAUGACUUGAAUGGUGGCAGAAAGAAUAAAAAUCUAGAGCAAUGUUCUGAUUUAUCUGACGUUUUCAUUAAGGCUACAAAGCAUACUGUUAAAGGGUGUCUGUAACAAAUAAGACAGUCACAUCAAUUAGGUUGAAUUCAUAUAUUCCAUAUAUUCCAUAUUCAUACAUUCGCAUCAUGUGCCUCCAUUCACAUCGAUUUGUUUUAUGUUUACUUUUUCAAACGAAUCAAUAUAAAUGUUCAAGAUAAUUUUACGAAGGAAAAACAAUAAAACCGAAAUUUAUUUCAA